UGUUACUCACGGUUCUCAAAAUUGUCCAUGCUCGCAAUAUACUUAAGACUUAAGUUGAAAGGAGAGCGACAAAUUGUUCACGACGACCUUAAGUAUUAUCCUACCAAAUUCGACGAGUCAAAAUAAGGUAUUUGUGAAAUAAUUGAGGUAUUUCCAUUAUUGAAAACAGCUGACGAAUGCAAUGCACACGACUCAUUUGUAAAACGCAUCCGUAAAAUGCGCUACUUAUAUACAUAGUGAACAAAAAAUGAGUGACUCUGAAUAAAUUGGAAAGGAAGAACAUUAGUACGAUGUAUUUUCUUUUUAAAGCAAAUGUUAAACGCGAGCAGUUCUCUCAUAUUUCCUCUCCCUUCGAGAAAACACGAUUAUCUUCGCCGUUUAAAAUAGACAUACUUACGCUCUUGAAAAGGAAAUCGUAUUUCUCCAGGAGGAAAUUGCAUCGGUUAAUUAAAAUACACAACUGCAAGUUCUACAUGUGGCGAGUGGAUUAUUUUAAUGAGGCUCCGUUGCGGAGCUCGGACCGCAGCAUUCUCCAUGCGGAUAAUCCUGGGGACUUUGCAAGGAUUAUUGAUCAAUGAUUAUUAUAAAAGGGAGUUCAUGGCAUAGACCGCGUUACUUAGUACAAUGCCCCGACAGAAAGCACUUUUACUUUCUGCCUGCCUGCUGGCGUUCGUUGUCAGUUCAACUCUGGCACUUCCACCCGGAGCACCAUGGACAAACUUUGCACCCAAGCCUGUUUAUUCGCGAGCCCUCGGACCUCCAGGAGGAAUAGGCACGAUUUCCGUACCCUAUAUGCCAAAAUCUCCGCUGGUGCCAAAGUUCGUCGACCCGACGGCAUUUAUUUCUAAAAAGACAGAUAUGCUGAGUAACAUGUUCGGCGGUUUAGGACCAGUUGCGUAUAAUAUGGCAGAUACCAAGCCGAUCAUGCCAUACGGCGUAAGUGGACCGUCUUUCGAUAGCACUGAUAGUGCAAGUGCAUUAUUUAAUAAACGAGAUGCACUACAGGAUGGUAAAGGAAAAAUGCUCGACAGUAGCGGUAUGUACAAACGCGGCAUGUUCGGUCCGUUUACCCCAAAGUUUGGCCCAAUGGGUUCGAUGGGUCCGAUGAGUCCAAUGAGUCCAAAAUUUGGACCCGUCAUGCCAUUUUCAUCAUCGGAAAUGAUGCCCGAUUUUAUGGAUAAGACAACUUUCUCUCGUAGAAGAAGAAGCGUAGAAACGCCUUCCUCCGCAGACAGCAUUAAUACCAUUCCAGGCUCAUCGUCUUAUCCGAAGAUAAUAGAAAGCAUGUCAGCGACCAAACCAGCCGCUGAUGUACCAAAGGAAUACUUGCCGGGAAUGUUCGGACCUUUCGGACCAGGUGGACCUUUCGGGCCAGGUGGACCUUUCGGGGCGGGUGGACCUUUCGGGCCAAGUAGCUCUUUCGGACCAAGUAGUUCUUUCGGACCAGUGGUGGACCCGAGCGCGAUCGUCUCAAAGAAAUCGGGAUUUCUGGAUACGCUCUUCAAAAAUCUUGCCACUAGCACUCCGGCAACGACAACCGACGUGCCUACGCCGAAGAGCACUAUUGUACCACCCAGUUUCUGGAUACCAUCCGCCAUAAUUCCCGGUCCGACCGAAUACACUCAGAAGGUGUCGGACUUUCUGGACAAAUUGUUUGACAGUAUAAAUGUAACAGCGUCAGAAGCGAGCGACGAUUCGGACGCAAAAAGUGAUUUUAUGAGAUCUUUAAAACCUGACAUUUCGUCGGACAAAAUCGCAAGAUCCUUGGAUGAUGCGUCGUCCAUCGCAGCCGCUAAAGACGCAAUCGUCGACACAAUACUGUCGGAACUUGGUGAUUUAAAAGGUGACAUGAUGGCGACUUUGAAUGACUUGAUCACGUACGAGAAGACUGCGGCAGCUGCCGCCUCUCCGAAAAAGCCUUUUAAACCUUUCUCUAGUAUAUUUGCGAAACCGACGGUGGACCCAACGCUUCCAUUUCAACAGAGAAUGACUGUGCUCAGUCAAGUAUUCGAUAUGCUGACGGACCUGCAAAGGAACAUCAGCGUGGUCGCGAAAAACGCAAUGGCAACCAAUGCUAGCGCUCCGAACAAUCCUGAAUUGUCGAAGGUUCCAUUAACUAACGCCGCAGCUGACGCUCCACCGAUUAAUAGCACUCUCUUGAACGCCAUUCUGAAGAAAAUAUCUGCUCUUGACACUGCAACUCCGGCUUCCUAUUCGGUUCCUUAUCCAGCUUCUUAUUCGGCUUCUUAUCCAGCAAAUCCCGCUAAGGAAAGUCCUGUAAUGAGCAGAGCUCUGCCUAAAGGUCCUACGUCCUUCUGGGUGUCUUAUCCAGAUAAUUCGGUGCCUGCUGCAAAACGACAGGUGGAUGAUGAUUUGCUACCAUUCUUCGGAGACGACGAUGAUCGGCAUGAUCAUAGGCAGUACACGAGAGGCGUCCAAAUGCAGAUGCAUCAGGGUUAUCAGAGUCUACCUGCAGGUUCAGUGGAAUCUGUACAAGCAGGGGGAGGUUCUACACCUGGACAUCAAGGAGGAGGAAUCAAGUUGUUGGAACCGAACGCUUACGGAGACUCGAACAAAUGGGCUGACUGGAUGCAGUAUCAUGAGAAUGAAUAUCAAGAUCGUAGGCACCAUCGUAACCACCAUUAGGCCACUCAGCCAGCA